CAAAAAAUUAUUCCGGAUAGCAUUUUAUUUCGCUCUGUUUGUGCAUUGUCCGUCGUCUCCGUAGUAUGCCUUUGCCUUUUUAAUCAGUUUUGCUUUUAAUAAAUAAUAAAAAGAAAAGAAAAUAGCCAUCAAUUAAAGCAACUCAUGGUUUUUAAAAAAAUAAUAAAUAAUUCCAAUGAAUAGAGAAGCAUUUCAAUUGUGAAAGUGAAAGUAACCCAAGUGUUGAGUUAAACAAGUGAAAAAUAAGUGAAGAAAUUCCGAUAGAAGCAGAAUCAUGGGAGCUGUGUUGGCAAAAUUUAGAAAAGAGAAGAGCUCUGCUGAUAUCUUGGAAAAGCUCGAAACAGAAAUCAAUACAAUUGAAAAAUAUUCCCUCAGCACACAAGAGAAACAAAGGCGUUUGGUUGGACAUUUUCUAGUCAUAUCAAUCGGAUUAUAUGCGAUUGGAUUCUUUAUUAUAUUUUUUGUUUUCUUUCCGACAACAUGGCCGGAUCGUAUAACAUAUUCAGUGCCAUUACUCGCAUUUCCAUUAAUAAUAUUUUUAGUAAGAAGAUUACUUGCUUGGUUUUUCCAAAGAAAAAUCAACAAAAAUUCAACAAAAUUAGUAAAACUGCGAGCUGAAAAAAAGAAGAUUUUAGAACAAGUCAUGGAAAAAGAAACAUAUAAUGUUGCAUCAAAACUUCUCAGCAAGUAUGGAGGAGACAAAUCUUAUGGAAUCAAGUCAUCAGUAACCGCUCCAACACCACAGCCAAACAGAUCACAAACAACAACAACAACAACGGAAAAGCGAAUUCUCAAUCUCAACUCCAGCUUAGCUGCUUUAUCAAACCGCCCAGGUGGCGGUGGCGUAGUUGGACCUGGCCAGCCUUACAAUAAUCAAAUAACUAUCAAUCAAUCACUGCUUGCUGCUGCAGCAAAUAUUGGACAGUCAACAACAAUUAGUCCCCUAACACCGCGCUCAUCUUCGAUAACAAACAACACUAGUGGCGCUCUAAGAUACAGAGGACCUGGAACGCCUCGUAAUAAUUCACUUGCGUUGCAAAAUACUCGGCCAUAUCCAAUAAUCAAUCAAAAAGCUCAGGGCUUACUCGAAAAGGUUGUUGAUUACUUAAUAGGUGAUGGUCCACAGAACCGUUAUGCUUUAAUAUGUAAAGAAUGUUUUGCACAUAAUGGAAUGGCACGACAAGAAGAUUUUGAUUAUGCAACAUUCCGAUGUGCAUUUUGCAACGAACUUAAUCCAUCUCGAAAGUCACGACCGGUGGCGCCGAAACUAACGAGCGGCAUGAGUCCGCUCCAUAACCGAAUGAUUGCAUUUUCAUCACGUAACAGUGGUUCAUCGUCGGAAUCCAGUGACGAUUCAGAUGUUCCUCGAAGAGGAGUUGAGAAUAUUACAUCGCCGCAAUUCACACAGUUAGCAACUGAAAAGAAGGAAGAACCAGAAUCACAAAAUAAUAAUGAAUAUUCAAAUUUGAUUAGCGAUUCAGUUCCGAGUGAAGAGAAAGAAUCGAAACCAUCCAGCGAAGCAGAUGAGCAGAAGUCUGCAGAUCUUGAAGUUGAAGAAAAUAACACAGAAGAAAAACUAAUCACUGAAGAAAAAAUCAUUGAAAAAGCAAUCGAGGAGAGCGAGACUAAAUAAUUUAUUAUUAUAUAUUUAACUUAAUAAUGUUAUGCAUACUAUUAUUUUAAUUAUUAUACAUAUAUUGUUCAA